CCACCUCCUCUACGAGGGCCGGAAGUCUCAGCCCCACUCUCCACCUCUCCCGAGAGUUCGGGCUCAGGAGCCAGGCCUGGCCUCACCGGGCAGCGCGGCCUCGGUGUGCUCCGGCGCGGACGGCACCAUGAAGCGUGCUGGGACUUUGCGCCUGGUCUCUGACCUGAGCAACUUCAGCGGCGCAGCCCGGCUUCGGGAGUUGCUGGCCGGGGACCCAACCGUCCGAGUCCGCUACAGCCCGGACGGCCGCCACCUGCUGCUGCUGCGACCCCUGGGGGCACCGUCCCCUCAGCUUCUGGUCGCGGUGCGUGGACCCGGCAAGGAGCUGGAGUGUGCCUGGCCGGCUGGCCACCCCUCUCCACUAGACGCCUUCUUCCUGCCGUGGCCGGUGCGACCUGCGCUGAUCCUGGUGUGGGAAAGUGGCUUAGCCGAAUUCUGGGGCCCAGGGGUGGGGCCCGGUUGGCGGCUGCUGCAGAGCACCGAGCUGUGUCCUGGCGGUGGAGCCCGCGUGGUGGCUGUGGCGGCCCCCCGAGGCCGCCUGGUGUGGUGUGAGGAGCGUCAGGCUGGAGCUGAGGGCCACCUAGAAUCGCCCACAGCUCCUUUAAACCACUGCGUUUGCGUCCGGUCCCUGGAACUCAGCGGAGAGGCCGGCGCCAACCUGGGCCGCACACACAUUCUGCUGCGCCACUGUCCCCCUUUCGGGCUUCUGGCCUCCCGCAAAGACCUCUUCCUGGUGCCCACUGCCACCACCUGGCCUUGUGCGGUCCACAUUUUGCUCAUCUGGAGCCCAGGCAAGGGCAAGGUGAUGGUGGCUGCCCCAUGUCUUGGCCUCUCCUACAGUAAGAGCCUGAAUCCCGAACGAGGGGAUACAUGGGACUUCCGGACCCUGCUCCGAGGUCUUCCUGGGCUACUGUCCCCCGGGCAGCCACUGAUUGUACACACCUGGGCCCCAACUCCCCAGGGCCUGUUGUUGCUUGACUUCAAAGGUACUGUGAGUCUGAUGCAGUCCCACGGUGGCACCCGAGCUGUGGGCACCCUGCAAGAGGCACCCAUAGGCCCAGCAGGGUCUGCAGCACUGGGAACAUUUCAUGGCACUGUGGCCUGUGUGCUGGGCUCCACAUUGGAACUGCUGGACAUGAGUAGUGGGCAGCUGCUGGAAAGGAAGGUCCUAAGUACAGACCGAGUACAUUUGCUCGAACCACCAGCUCCUGGCAUGGGGAACGAGGAAGAGCUAGAAAUGCGAGGGGGUCUUCGCUUGCUUUCAGCCUUGGGUCUGUUUCAAAUAAGCUGGGAGGCCCCACAGGGCCUUGAGCUGCCUUCAGCUGAAGACCUGGUGUUUGAGGAGGCCUGCAAGUACUACCAGCGGCGGAGCCUGCGAGGUGCCCAGCUCACCCCAGAUGAACUGAGACACAACAGCACAUUCCGGGCACCCCAGGCCCUGGCCUCCAUCCUCCAGGGCCACGUGGCCCCAUCUACACUAUUGACCACCCUGAGGGGCGAGCUUCGGGAUUACCGGGGCUUAGAGCAGCUCAAAGCCCAGCUGGUGGCUGGGGAUGAUGAGGAGGCUGGCUGGACUGAGCUUGCAGAGCAGGAAGUGGCACGCCUGCUGAGGACCGAGUUGAUGGGAGACCAGCUGGCCCAGCUCAACACUGUUUUCCAAGCCCUUCCUACAGCAGCCUGGGGUGCGGUCCUCAGGGUCCUGCAGCUCCAGCCAGAUGGAAAUGGCAGGCUGAGGUCCCAAGCUCCCCCUGAUGUAUGGAAGAAGGUACUAGGGAGUACAGCAGCUGAAAAGGAACCCCCCAAUGGGAUACUGCCCCUCUUUGAACUCCUGUGCCAUUGCUUGUGCCAGCUGGAGCCUCGAUGGCUGCCGCCCUUUGUGGAACUGGCACAGCAGCAGGGUGGGCCUGGCUGGGGGGCAGGGGGCCCAGGACCACCCCUGUAUCGCCGAGCACUGGCAGUACUAGGUGAGGAGGGGACCAGGCCUGAGGCACUGGAGCUAGAGCUGCUCUUGGGCAGUGGUAGGCCCAAAGCUGUGCUCCAAGCUGUGGGGCAGCUGGUACAAAAGGAGCAGUGGGAGCGGGUUUUAGAGGCUGGCUUGGCCCUUGGCCCCUCCAGCCCCCUGCUUCAAAGUGAAAUCUUCAAACUGCUACUGGCUGAAUUUGCCCAGCACCGCCAGCUUGAUGCUCACCUCCCCCUCCUUUGCCGCCUUUGCCCACCAGACCUAGCUCCAGCUGAGCUCCUGCUUCUACUGAGGUCACAUCUCCCAGAUGAGUUGGAGGCCCCUACCCCAUUCCCUGAGCCUGGGGCAGAGCCCCCUCUCACUAUGGGCUUGCUCAGAACCCUGUUGGAGCAGACUGGGGCUCAAAGACAGCCCUUAGGCCCAGUUCUAAGCCUGUAUGAGGACAUCCUACAUGAUCCUGGCACUCCACCCUCCGCCCCACCUCGGGGACCUAAGACUACCCUUCAGGCAUUAGACCACCCAGGCUCGGAGGCCUGGGCACCAUCUGGGCAGGGCCUCUGUGUGACUGACACAGUCUGAAAACCAUUUCUAGGACAAUGAUCAGAGAAGGGGGUCUAGGAGUUGGAGGGAGCCAGGAUGGGUCCUAUGUGUGCAAUACUCUUCUCUCUUCUGAAGCAAUUAAAUAUAGAUACAGAUAUAGAUAUAGAUAUAUUGUUAAAUACUGUGGUAUAAUAAAUAUGUUUGGUCUUGUCCUCAAGUUUUUAUCCUGGCACAAAGCUCCUAAAACCCUUGGAAUUUUCUGGACUGUCUUGUUAUUCAUAAUAAGCCCCUUUAGAUCACACCUGCUUUUAUGCUAAUGAGGUAACUUAGGGUGAGGAUCUCCAGCCUCAGGGUGUGGGGAUGGUCACCAGAAAGACAAUGGUGAGAGGGUCGAACUUGGAGCCCCAUCCCCAACCUCCUGGGAGGGGAGUGGGGCUAGAGAUGGAGCUCUAUAAAAACUGAACAAGGAAGUCUGAUGAACUUCUGGCUUAAUUAACACCCAUCAAGGUGCUGGGAGGGUGAUGCACCCAGAGGAGAUAUGGAUGCUCCACAUGCACCCCCACCCCAUACCUUAACCCUAUGCUCCUCUUCCAUCUGACUGUUCUGAGUUCAUCCUUUUGUAAUAAACAUGUAAACAUAA